AUGUCAGACGUUUACACCAAGCUGCCCUCACCAGACAUUAAUGUAGGUACUGCCCUCCACGAAGCGGCGGUGUUUGGGAAGAUCGAUGUCGUCAGGGUACUCCUAGAGGCCAGGCCGUCGAUCGACGUCGAGAUCGAGGAUGGGCACAGUGAAACGGCACUACAGAAGAUCGAAUCACAUUCGUCCAAAGUCUCUCAAGAAAUAUCAAAGAUGAUUAUGGCUCACAUACGAGGGGAGCCCUUACCAAAGCCAAUAGAAUCAUCUCCAUCAACACCGAUGACCGACAGCUCGGACUCUGAUCCAAACAGCCCCCUUGCCUACAGCUACGUAACAAACUCUGCAUCAAAUCCAUCCAUCCGUCCCAACCCUGGCCUCGUUGCGCAUGGCUUUGAGGUCAUCGACCACGCUAACAUUUAUGACAACGUCCCCGAGGAUCGGUCGGCGCUGUAUGCCCGUCACUACCAGACACAUGCAGAGCUUCGGAGCUCGUCACCGGAGGGCGUCCUGAGGCGAGGCGCGUCCAAACUGCAGCGGUCAUCUCCACGCCGGUCAUCACCACCAGACCAGGAUCUGUACAUAAAUGUGACUCAGAUCAAUCAGCAGCUAUCAAAGCUGAUGCCGCCAAAGAAACCUCAAAGGAAUUCUAUCGGGAUCUUGUUGGAUCAGAACUCAAAUGGUAACAGCCCCCAGAUGGAGAGAAAACAGGAUCAGGAGAGAUCGGCUAGUCCCAUGCAUUUAGAUGUGAGGGGGCCUCAUUCAAGACAAUCUAACACAUUAUCAAGCCAAGAUUCUGACUGCCCUCCGCCGCUUCCCGACAGGAACUACUACGACCUUGAUCAAGCGGGGGAGUACACGCAGCUCAGACGGGAUGCCGUGCCACCGAAGCAACAACAGACACAACACCAUCCACACCCGCCACAGCAGCCACCACCGAAGCAGCAACUCAUGAAAGAUCAAGAUUACAGUACUGUCACUCCUCUCCAAGAUUAUGACAUCAUGAACGAAGGAGUAAGUAACACGUCAACAGAGGAAACCAGCGAUGACACCCAUGGGAGUCUCUAUGAGACGCUCUCCAACGCUCAGAGCGGGGUAGUCACACCUGAGGUACCCUACCCCCCGUACGAGAUGGGCUCGAAACCACCCCACCCCCAGGUCCAACUUCACAUACAUGAGCCAGAUGAUCAUAAUGAUCUGGAUAGCACCGGUGAUGGUGGCGGUCAGCUUGAUGACGAAGAAGAAGAUCUUGAUGCGUAUGAGUUCUUGUCCAAUGCAGUGACCGGUCAUGGUCAGCCGAAACCUAAACCAAGGAUAACCCCAACCAGUUCUUCCUCGUCUUCUGUGCCUUCUACCGAUAGUGCCUCCGUCUCACAUAGCAAGCCUAAGCCGCUCCCUCGACGGAACAAACCGGUCCCUGCCAGACGUUCCCCCGGGUCGAUGAGCUCACAGCCCAGCACACCCUCAGAGGAACUGACCUCGUCGUCUGACCAAUGGGGAGGUGCCUCGUCUGACCGUCCAACCACCCCUGACCAACCCCCACCGUCACCAAACACCGCUAUGAUGGGCAUUCGAGCUAAACUUGGAGCAUCUGAGCCCAGCUCCAAUGCUCCGGUGGAAGGGAGUACGGACUGUUAAAGUAAGAUCUGAUCUUUUAUUUUGCUUCAUCUCACGGCGCUUGCUUUCUGACACCUCACCUAACCUCUCACUCUGCAUCUUCCAUACCAAACCUCACAGGAUCUCGGAUGAUACUGUCCUUCCACUUCUUGCUGAUAUCAUUUCUUUAUUCUAUUCGCAUUUAACUACAUACAUGAUGAUAUGACAUUGGUUUAAAAAGAUACCAUCCACUUUUAAUGAAAAUUAUGUUAUCGGUAACAGAUUAUAAUUCAGAUAGGGACAACAUAAUCUGUAUGUACCUACCCUUAAUACAGGGUCUCAGUUGAUACUGUUCUUCCUCCUCUUGUUGAUAUCAUUUUGCUAUUCUUUUUGGCUUUUAACUACAAACAUGCAGUAUGAUGUGCUCGUUUUUAAUUAAAAGACAUCAUGAAAACUGUGUACUAGUAAUUCAUAAUAGAUCAUCAUUCAGAUGUAGCAUACAUGUACGUACCAAACUUACAGGUUCUCCAGACGAUACUCCUCUUACACAUCUUUUUUAUAUCAAUUCUUUGAGUUUGGUUCUAACACAUUUUCUUGUUACAGCAAUUUAGUUAUGUCACGACUAGUGAUUUAGUCAGGUAGGGAUUAUACUUCCUUGCCAAACAUCACAUUAUUUUAUAUGAUGAAUAAAGAGCUUGAUUAAAAAAAAGAUACAACAUCCACAUGUAAUUAUUGAAACAUCAAGUCCACCCCAACAAAAAGUGGAUUUGAAUUAACAGAGAAAAGUCAAACUAGCAUAAUGCUGAACAUUUCAUUUGAAAGUUUAGCUUGUUUGAAAAAAUGUUAUAUAUGACGAGCCAUCCCAAAAUCAAUAACAAUAAUUCACCCAAAAUGAAUUUUGAGAUUUUUACUUAGCUUGAAAGACCACACACAUCCUAAGCGUUUGUAAUGAUAUAUAGCUUUAAUAUAAAAAUUGAUGAACACAAGUACUUGAUUGAAUGCAGAAGAAAUUCAACUUGAGCUUCAAAAUCUUUAAGCAUAAUAGAGAAAUUACAUUGAGAGAUUUUUUGCAACUCAGAGAGCUUGUUUCUAUUAACAAUUAAUCAUUUGGAUGUAUUGUAUGAUAAUUGCAAACAUAUUUCUCUGCAUUGUAAUAAAAGUCUGAAUUUGAAUCAUAUCAUUAUUGAUAGAAAAAUGAUUGCAAUGCAUGAAAGGGGAAGAUCACCCUGAAGGAAAGUUUAUUAUAAAAAUAAAAGAAAAGAGAAAAUAAUAAAAAAUAUUGGUGAAGGUUCGCUGAAAAUCUAUUAAAGAUUACGAAAGUUAUUAGAAACCAAAUAAUUGAAAUUCUAAUAACUUUUUAAUUUUUUAAAAAUAUUUUUCUCAAACCUUUGACAAUAUUUUUGUUUCUGCUAUUUUUACAAUAAACUUUUUGUCAGGGUGAACUUUCCCUUUUAAUGAUGUUAUGCAAAUAACGGAUUAUGUAUGAUGUUAAUUGCAUAUUUUGUAGCCAUCUGCAUGUAGCUAUCAUAUGACAUGUUCAUUGUAUGAACACUUUGAAAGUAAUACAUUACAUUAGACAAAACACACAGAAUAGAGAUUAUUUUGCACAUGGAAUGUUCAAUGUAAAAGGACUUCAAUCCUGAAAAAGAUUAAUUUUAUCUGCUGCCAUCUGGUGACAUUAUUCAGUACAGUCAUCACAGCAUCUUCUUUCAAAAUUUAUAGACCUAAAUGUGUAUACACCUGAAUUUACUAAAAUAAGUGUAAAGACAAAGUUGCUAAUGGUGAUUUGAAAAAAAAUGUUUUCUUGUAAUCAAGGAAUUUUCUGAUAAACUUACCUGCGUGAGGUUAACUGGCAUAGCACCUAGAAAUGUGAUAGGUUAAAAAUGUAGUUCUGAAGAAUAAUUUGUGAGGACUCUAUAGGUGGGAGAGAGGGGUAAAAUAAGAUAUUUAAAGUGGAUUUGACGAGGUCAGAAAAUAACAAGAUGAUGUGGGCGAAAUACUGAGGGGACUUGUGCAAUUUUUUUUUUUUUUUAAACAAUUUUUUUUGUAAAGCUCAUUAGAUAAAUUGCAGAAUGCCCAUGUACUUUAUACAAUUACUGUACAAUCAGUAUAAUCUAUCCAUCUUCUCUUUCAAAUAGUCUCAUAAAAGAAAGGGAGCAUAGAUUUUUAUUGCCUAUAAAAUGAGCAAUCAAUUUUCAUGUGCAUUAUCAUAACAUUAUAUAGCUUGAUUUGAUUAUAGCAAUGUAUGUACCAUAUCUUUGUACUGUUUAACUUAUCUCAGUUUUAUAUAUUUAGGAUGCUUUUAGUAUGAUGGGGAAACUCAUUUUCUCCCAUGACUACCAUUGCUACCUUGCUGUGAAUACCUUAGAUUCAAACCAGAGGCUUUAAAAUUAGUCUGAAAAAAUAAUAUUUGUAUAAGGUUUUUUUAUUUCAAUUUAAGGUGAAGGAGAAAGGGAAUAAAUAUUCAUUUUUUUUUCAAUUUAAAGGGGAGAAGAAAGGAAACAAGUCGUAUAUUAGAUUUUAAGUAAGUUAAUGAAUUUACAAUUUUGAAUGUGAGCAACAAUGUUUACACACAGUAGGUUGGGGCAUUUCUUAUACAUGUAUAUCCAUCAAAAAUGUCAUAGCCCUUUGAAGUUCAUUUAUGAUUUGGUAAAUGUUGCUGCAUCCAAGGUCUGCUUCAUGCUUCAGGAAUAUGAUGUAAUCGUUGUCAGGAAUUUGUUUUUCAGAUAAAGCCUAUAAAAUAUUUUUUGGAAAAUAACUCAUUAAUUUCGAGAAAGAAUAAAAAAAAGUUUCAACAACAGUGUUGCCCAGUUGCCAUACAUGAACAAUACAGAAAUUACAAUUUGAUAAUUGGUAUUAGUUGGAAGAAAAAAUGUGCCAUUGCUGGGUAGUAUGUUUGUGAUCAAAUUUUUUAAAUACUUUUUUUUAAUAAUUAGAGGGCAAGUCUUUCCUGAUAUGAACUCGACCUUUGAUAAUAAUAAUAAUAGAAACAGAAAAAUAAGAGAAACAUCAUGAUCUAAGUUUUUUUAUACAAAAAUCCAUUAAAUAUUAGAGUUUCUGAUGUGAAAAAUGAACCCUUUGAUGUCAUAUAUUAAAGGUGAAUACUAUAAAUUUCAAUUUUUAAAUCUAUAAUUUAAAUUGCUGUUAUGUGAGCAUUCUCAUCAAACAUAUUUCAUUUGCUUGAGUGAAAAGAAAAAUACAUUUUGCAAAUCAUAAUAAAUCCUAAAUAUGAACCAUAAAAAAAGGGAAAACAGAAAUUUAUUGAAUGCAUAUUACAUUGAUAUGGCAAAGCUGUUCGCAUGUGAAGUCACC